AUGCGCUCCAUCGGACUCCUCGGCCUCGUUGCCGUUGCGCAGGCUGCUUGUCCGUAUAUGACCGGCGAGCUCACCCGGCGUGAUGAUUCCGAUGCCUCUGAAGCCACUGAGGAGUUCCUCUCCCAGUAUUAUCUCAACGACAACAAUACCUACCUCACAAGUGACGUAGGCGGCCCUAUCGAAGAUCAGAACAGCCUCAGCGUCGGCGAGCGCGGUCCUACUUUGCUUGAAGACUUUAUUUUCCGCCAAAAGAUUCAACGCUUCGACCAUGAGCGAGUUCCCGAACGUGCCGUUCACGCUCGUGGUGCGGGUGCCCAUGGUGUAUUUGUCUCUUAUGGAGACUAUUCCAACCUCACCGCCGCCUCUUUUCUUUCCGAGGAGGGCAAGGAGACUCCUGUGUUUGUACGCUUCUCCACUGUCGCUGGUAGUCGCGGCAGUUCAGACUUGUCACGUGAUGUUCAUGGGUUCGCAACGCGCUUUUACACUGAUGAGGGCAAUUUUGAUCUCGUGGGCAAUAACAUUCCCGUCUUCUUCAUCCAGGAUGCCAUCCAGUUCCCUGAUUUGAUUCAUGCUGUCAAGCCUCGGGGCGAUAACGAGAUUCCGCAGGCUGCCACGGCGCAUGACUCCGCCUGGGACUUCUUCAGCCAGCAGCCCAGCUCUAUGCACACACUUUUCUGGGCAAUGUCUGGGCACGGGAUUCUACGAUCGUUCCGAUUCACGGACGGAUUCGGUGUUCACACCUUCCGCCUCGUCACGGACAGCGGCGCAACCAAGCUGGUCAAGUUCCACUGGAAAACGUUACAGGGCAAGGCUAGUCUGGUCUGGGAAGAAGCCCAGCAGGUAUCGGGAAAGAACCCCGACUUCUUGCGCCAGGAUCUUUUCGAGGCUAUUGAGGCGGGCCGCUACCCCGAGUGGGAGCUUGGCGUGCAAAUCAUGGAUGAAGCCGACCAGCUGCGUUUUGGCUUUGAUCUACUUGAUCCGACUAAGAUUGUGCCAGAGGAGUAUGUCCCUAUCACGAAGCUGGGUAAAAUGACCCUCAACCGCAACCCUCGCAACUACUUUGCCGAAACGGAGCAAGUCAUGUUCCAACCCGGUCACAUCGUUCGCGGUGUCGACUUCACCGAUGAUCCUCUCCUCCAAGGGCGUCUCUUCUCCUACCUUGACACUCAGCUGAAUCGGCACGGCGGACCCAACUUCGAGCAGCUACCCAUCAACCAACCUCGCGUGCCUGUGCAUAACAACAACCGUGACGGUGCAGGUCAAAUGUUCAUCCCCCUCAACCCCAACGCCUACAGCCCGAACACCCUCAACAGCGGGUCGCCCAAGCAGGCCAACCAGACCGUGGGCAAUGGCUUCUUCACGGCACCACGCCGUGUUGCCAGCGGAGAAUAUCUUCGCAGCACCUCUUCCACAUUCUCUGACGUUUGGUCUCAACCCCGGCUGUUCUACAACUCCCUCUCGCCCGCGGAACAGCAAUUCGUGAUUGACGCGAUUCGCUUCGAGAACGCUAAUGUGCAGAGCACCAUCGUCCGGGAGAACGUUGUUCUCCAACUCAACCGCAUCUCCAAUGACAUCGCCCGUCGUGUGGCCCGCGCUAUUGGUGUGAGCCCUCCGUCGCCUGAUCCCACUUACUACCACAGCAACACCACGGCCGGAGUGGGCACCUUUGGCACUCCCCUUAAGAAGCUGGACGGCCUGAAAGUUGGCUACCUUGCUUCGGUCCAGAAUCCGUCUUCCAUUACUGAUGCCAAGACUCUCGCCGAUUCUCUUUCGGACAAGAACGUUGACGUCGUUGUCGUGGCUGAGCGUCUCACCAGCGGUGUCAGUCAGACCUACUCCGCUUCGGACGCCAUCCAGUUUGAUGCUCUGGUCAUUGCCCCCGGUGCGGAGAGCUUGUUCGCAGCGACCUCGUUGACUGCACCUCAGGUCAAUGCCACUACACUGUAUCCGGCUGGCCGGCCGCUGCAGAUUCUGGUUGAUGGGUUCCGAUUCGGAAAGCCCGUUGCCGCGCUGGGAAGUGCAUCCGGAGCUCUGAAGAGCGCAGGCAUUACGUCUUCGAGAGAUGGAGUCUACGUAGCAGAUGCCGCUUCAAGUUCGUUCGUUGACAAGUUCACGGAGGGACUGAAGACCUUCAAGUUCUUGGACCGUUUUGCCGUUGAUAACUAG